UUACCGCGCCCAUCUCUGCUGUUUGAUGGCCGGAGGAAGAAGCGAUUGAGGUCCUGGUGUGCUGGAGGAAAACAGAGGGACGACGACGUGGGACAGACAUUUACGGAUUUUUUCUUUGAUUUGGAAUUUGCGUCACAAAUUGGAAGCUUACUGAAACUUUGACAAAUCUAUCUGGGUUGAACACCGCCUCAUCUCUGCGCCCCUGUGCCGGUGUGUCUUCCCCUCAGUGGGUUAGAAACUGGGUUUGGGGAGUGCCGCUCCUCUGUAGCUAACCAAGCUGAAUCUAGGCGCCUGGGCGGAGAGAGGAGAUACAAGAUUCUGCCGUUUCCAGUCAAUGUGAUAUAACGUCGGAUACCCACGACUGACAGAGGAUCAGCAAGAGUCUAGGCGGCGGAGCGAAGCACACCAUUACCAGAGGAAAAUGAGUGAACUGGAUCAGCUACGCCAGGAGGCUGAGCAGCUAAAGAACCAGAUCAGAGAUGCCAGGAAAGCGUGUGCAGAUGCUACCCUGUCUCAGAUCACAGCUAAUAUCGACCCUGUUGGCCGAAUUCAGAUGCGCACUAGACGGACACUGAGGGGGCAUCUGGCUAAAAUCUAUGCCAUGCAUUGGGGCACUGACUCAAGGCUUUUGGUCAGUGCUUCCCAGGACGGCAAACUCAUUAUUUGGGACAGCUACACAACAAACAAGGUUCAUGCUAUCCCAUUGCGUUCCUCCUGGGUAAUGACAUGUGCAUAUGCUCCUUCCGGGAACUACGUUGCUUGUGGAGGCCUUGACAAUAUUUGCUCCAUUUAUAACCUGAAGACCCGUGAGGGAAAUGUGCGUGUAAGCCGUGAGCUGGCUGGACAUACAGGUUACCUGUCCUGCUGUCGCUUCCUGGAUGACAACCAGAUUGUCACAAGCUCUGGAGACACCACCUGUGCUCUGUGGGACAUCGAGACGGGUCAGCAGACCACUACAUUUGCUGGCCAUACUGGUGAUGUCAUGAGUCUGUCUCUGGCACCAGAGAUUAGACUGUUUGUGUCUGGAGCUUGCGAUGCAUCUGCAAAGCUUUGGGACAUCAGAGAAGGAAUGUGCCGACAGACCUUUACUGGCCACGAGUCAGACAUCAAUGCUAUCUGUUUCUUCCCUAAUGGCAACGCUUUUGCCACGGGAUCGGACGACGCUACCUGCAGGCUAUUUGACCUGCGUGCUGACCAGGAGCUGAUGGUUUACUCACAUGACAACAUUAUCUGCGGCAUCACCUCCGUAGCAUUCUCUAAGAGUGGCCGCCUGCUGCUUGCUGGCUAUGAUGAUUUCAAUUGCAAUGUCUGGGACACUUUGAAGGCUGAUCGUGCAGGAGUCCUGGCUGGUCAUGAUAACAGAGUGAGCUGCUUGGGUGUAACUGAUGAUGGCAUGGCAGUGGCAACAGGGUCCUGGGACAGCUUCCUCAAGAUCUGGAACUAGAGUCUGAAGAUGGCAUCUGGACUCCAAAGUUGAGUGGAAGACCAUUCCAACCUAACAAUGUUCAAUUUUAUUGCAUAUCCAAUCUUUUCAAAGAAACACCGUGAUACUGACUCCAAACUUCCCUAAAAACUUACAAGGGCAAAAAUUCUCUUUCAUUCUCAUUUAAAGAGCACAAUUACCUGUCAUUCAUUAAGCUACAGAAAAAGGAAGAAAAAAGUUUGAGGGAUUUAGAAAAUUCAAAAUGGAACAAGGGGAAAGUUGUGCAUUCCUCCAUGAACAUGCUCUGGUAUCGAAGUAAGUGAAAAUACAAACACCCCACCACUAAGCAAACUGUAUCCUUUAAAAUACGAAACUCUGACUGAAGGCUAUCACUUAAAGGUGAUAUUAUUCUUUGUAGCUGAUUGGCCAGGAUUAUUUUUGUUUCUUCUUUUAAUUUACAUGUUUAUUUUUUGUUAAUGAUACAUAAAUGAGUGAAUUGUCAUUUAAUGUUAAAAUGAGGAUCAAGACUUUGUUUUAUUUUCCUAGUCAUUACACAUUUUGGAGAGUGUUUUUAAAACAAAAGGUCCUGGAGAUCAAGUCAUUUUAUGUCCAGAUAUACCCCACUGAAGAAGACAGCAAGGGAACCAAGGUCCAUAAAAAGUGGUCUUGAGUCAAUUCUGGCCCUUCUGCAUACUAAGUCUCAAGAUACAGAACAAAAGUCUAAAUACACUGUCAGAUUUGUUGUCUUUGCAGCUUGAAUGCCUAUGCAUCUUUUUUCUCAGUUUCUUUUUUCGAAUACAACCAGAAAAUACAAUGAAUAUAUCUGCAGUGUUUUAAAGAAAAAAAUGAAAAUGUCUAGAGGAAAAAACAGCUUCUGUAGGCUAAAGUUUAAAGUGCAUUGUAUGGCUUACAGUUAUUGAGCUGUGCCGUAUAAUACUGUCCUAAGAAAGACUUUGCACUGAAAAGUGUCCAUGAUGGGCUGAAAAUAAAAACAAGACUUCUGUAUGUCCUUUUUUAUGUGUGCAAGUCCUUCUUUACUGUACAUAAGCAUUAGGUGUGAACUCCCCUUGCACUUACCGUGUCUUGAACUCUCUUGGGCAGAUGCUAGGAGAUUUACUGUACUAAUCCCCUUAUGUAUUAAACCAGGCUUAUUCAAGGUAUUUUGAAGGCUUCUUAUUGAUUUUUGUUUUAUGUUUAGCAUUACAUAAACAUCUUGCAUGAAUUAAACUUACUUGGAAGAUUGCUAAAUAGAGGAGCAGUUUUCUAUCACAUCCUUCCAUUCAUAAUCCCAAAGAAAAUCUGAUGGACAUAAAAUAUGAUCUUGCACCAGCUGAGCCACUUUUAAAGGUAAAUCAGCAAACAAAUUGGAUAUUUAAGAUGCGUGACUUGGGAGAGGACAAGGACAAAAAGGAGUGGACAAGGACAAAAGAAAACUUACUAAGAAACGGUCUUAAAAAUCCUUUAAAAGACAGGAAGAAGUCCAGCAAGGAAAUGGCCCUUGUUAGAAUGCUAAAUUGACUCUUCUGUGGUCAGAAGAGGCUUGAGCUGGGGUGGUGUUUGUAGAGGGGUAGCAGCCAUAAACCACAUUUUCUGAAGAGGAGCUGAGUGAGAAAGAUAAGAUAUCCCAAAGCCCAAGAAUACUGAAAAGAAAUGCUAUGAAAAUGUGGUAUUGCAUGUCAAAUCCAAGUUUGAAUUGAUUGGGUCCAGUUAUGCAAAUAUGUGUCUGCAGCUUUCAACGGCACAAUAUGGAAGGUCUGUCGUGGUUUAUGGACUGCAUUUCUGCCAUUUAUCUUGGUGAUAUUCUUCUAAUUAGUGAUGCUGAAAAGUGAAGACAAUUUUAAUUCACCAGUGAUUCCCUCUUGAAAACCGGGUUGCUAACCGUUUUAUUUUUCAACAUAGCUGCAAUCUCAAGCACACUACUAAUGCAGUAAAAUCAUUUUUGACAAGAAAUACAGGUGAUAAAGCACUUCUUGGACAGGCCUUCAGAGUCCAGACCUGAAUUUUAUUGUGGCAGUAUGAGAUCAGCUUUACUAAAAAAGCCCAGGUGUAGAUAGGACAGGGAAUUACUGAAAUAGGCCUGGAAUAGUAUACCAAAAAAUAUUUAUAGACAGCUUUAACAGGGUUUCACUCAAGAGGUUCAAGACAUGUAGAAGUACAACUGAAGGUUACACUAAAUACAGACUUUUACCUGUAUACAUUUUUUUGUUCAAUUUUAUGAUUGUAUGUGCAUAUUUCUUGUAAUUCCUGGUUGUAUCUCAAAAAGACUCUGAAAAAUAUGAUCAUUACAUCUUUGCUAAAACAACAAAGCUAGAGGUGUCUUGAUACUUUUGCACAAUACUGUACUUUUACUGUUUCUUCUUUUGCAGUCUAGUUCACAAAUUUUAUUUGCAGAAAAAUUAAACUUUGCAUAUAUAGAAUAAUGUCUAAAGCAAAAAGUUCUACUAACCGAGCACAUGCUUUUUAUCGUAAUGAAUGCUCAUUUUUGGAAAAUCAACAGAAAUCAAAACAUUGUAACCAUUUUUACACCGUUUCACCUGACGACAGAGAAAAAUGAAAUGAAGAAUUUCUCAUUGGAUCGUGAUCUGCCCCGCCCCCCUUUAGAUUCAUUGAUUUAAUUUUGUUUUGUUGACCAGGGUUGGGACCUUUGAUGAGAUCUGGUCAGCUAUGGAGUACCACCACUCUCACCCAGUUGCAAUCUGGACACGUUUCUGUUUUAAACAGAAGUGCCCAUUCCAUGCAUGGAAAUGCAAUUAUUACUCUGUUAAUGACAUGUUGUAUAAAUCAAUGUUUGAAAAUAAUGAUAUUGAAAUUUUUUAAGUUAAAAACAAAAAAAAAUGAUUUUGGUUGUCUGCCAUGGAUGGGUUAUCACUUAGAAUCGCAUGCUGUAGAAUUGCUUAAAAAGGUGCAUAUGGAAUAAACUCCUUUGAUGUUUUCUUUAAGAAAAUAACCUGUUGAAUAUAUCAAUACAAUGAUAUUUAUAUUUUUUCUUUUAUUUCUUUUUUAAAAAUUUCUUUUGGUGGGGGGAUGGGGGGUGCUACUCUGUGCAUACUAUUCAACCUAAAUGUCAAAGCUAUGCACUUGAGAAGCAAACCUUGCAACAUCAACAAUUUCUUGGUCCAUACUAGGGAGGGAUUCCAAUUAUUAAAAAAUAACGUAAAUGCUUAAAUUUUUACACAAAUCAUAUGUACACUCAUACACCUAAACAAACACAAUCUCAAAUGGAACACAUAAGUUUUCAUUCCUUCUGUAGCAAACAAAUUCAACUUAAAAGAAAAACAUUUUAUAACAGCUUUUUCUGUCCUUUAAUUAAAAAAAUCAUAUAUAUAUAUAUAUAUAUGUAUAUACAUACAUAUAUAUAUAUAUAUAUAUAUUUCAGAAGAAUGGCAGAAUUUUCUGUUCUUCUUGUAAACAGAGGCGCUUUUCUUUAGCUGUAGUGUUAUUUUUUCCAUUUUUUUUCUUGGCAACUGUACAAAAAAAAUGUGCUGUAAUUGUGCGUUAGGCCUGGAGUCGGCAAAAAGUAAAAUUAAAUUAAAAAAUAUAAAAAAUUUAAUUCCCUUUCCUUUUCACCCUCUCCAUUAAUUAACUGUAGAGCUCUGCACCGCAACAGUUCCCUUUUCACUUUUUGUAUUUAAUUUUAAAGUCAGUCAGUGUACAACCGAAAGCUGGAUGCAAGAUAGAAACUAUAUUAAAAUGUACUGUUAUUUAAGAUGUAAUAAAAAAGCAGUUUGAGAUGAACUUCUGUGUUGAGUGUGAUUCACUUAAAGGGUUGCCACUGAAGCUACAAUAUUGCAGACUGUUUGGUUUCCUUGUAAUUAUGUUUAAGUCAAAUAAACAAUUUCUUA